AAACUAUCUCCAGUGUUCUGAUCACCUGAAAUGUCUAUAUAAGGGACGAACAUCGCCCUCUCCAGAGGUCUUUCAUCAUCAGCACCACCAUCCAACCUUCAGAACAACAAGCUCUUCCUACUCAUCACCUCAACACUAACCAGAGUCCCAACUCAAUCAAGCAAGAUGGCCACCGCAGUAACCCGCUCUACUACUGCUCCUACACCCGCGAUGGUGGCUCUCCAAGCCCCCCAGCUCGGCCUCGCCGACGACGAGCUCCUGGCUCUCUUCCGCCGCGUCACGAUCAGUGGUUCCGCGGGCCACGACGUCUCAGAGACCCAGAUCAAGAAGGCCUUUGAGCAGGAGGUCAGCCGGCCCCUGGGCCGUCAGGUGCUGGAGGCCUCGCUGCGGGACGCGCACGAGUGCUCCUGCUACCACUGGAACUACCACGACCGGAUCCGGGGCAAGGUCGACAUCAGCCGGGUCGACUUGAGCUUCGAUCUGACCUCCCAGAGCAUGGGGCAGUCGGUCCGGGGCGAGGUGGCGGGGUUCUUCCGGGUGAACCAUGCUUACAUCAACGCAACUGUCUACUAUGACGACCAGCAAACCCUUCAAGGAAACCAGAGCAUCAAGGUCUACAUGGAUGCGAACAAAUUCAUCAUCGACUUCUACCCCACCGAUCAGGCGGAGAAGCCGAUUGCCCGUAUCGUGCAGACCAACUCUUCCUUCACCUUCCAGGGGACUUGCACCGGUGAUUCCACCUGGUACACCAACUAGACUGGUGUUGUUGAGCUGUGUGUACCACAGCCAUGAUGUCGAGGGUAAGAUGGGUCGCAUCCUGCGGAUCGAGAUAUGAAGAAUGAUUUUGCGCUUCAAUUGCUUUUUUGCGUCCUUCGCGUUGAUUGUUUCGCGGUAGCUAGAUAGUUUGCGUUUGAUUUGAUGAU